AUGGAGAAAUUAAAAAAAAAUGGAUCCCAAAUAAAAAGCAACAAAACAAGUCGAACGAGCUUGUCCAAAUCGACAAUGACUGAAACCACCGAAUCUAUAGCAGCGGAUUCGAGCAGGGCUGAUACAAUUUCGAAGAGUUCAUCUCGGAGAGACUCGUUUUUUCUGAUAGACCGUCGGAUAUCUGAGGAAGAGUCUCAAAGACGUUAUUCAUGGCUGCAAAAAACCCGGCUGAGUAUCGCGAGCACGCGAAAUCAGGCGCGACUCAUCCACGAAGUCAAAUUCCCGGAUACUUUUGGGGGGCUGUAUUCCGCCAAGUACUCUCCCAGGGGAGACUUAAUCGCAACUGGGUUUGGAACUGGCGCAAUUCAGAUAAGAAACGGAGAAAACGGGGAAUUCCGUACCACGCUAAGAAGUGGACUGGAUACGUCUCUUCCUGUGAUGUGUUGUCGCUUCAAUCCUUUCUACGACAAUAUUUUUUACGCUUCAAGCGCCUGCGGAAAUAUUUUUUUGUGCAUGACAGACACUAAUGUGUUUUCACGAUUCAUUCAAGAGCCAAACAAUGAAAUAAAUACCAUUGACGUCAGUCUUGAUGGUAAAUUUAUUGUUUCUGGUGGUAAAGAUGCUGCUUUGAGACUUUACGACGCUCAGACCGCUAAAUUAAUUCACACUUAUGGAAGAAAUGAAGCAGAUUUAACAGAUGAAAAUGAUAAUUAUCACCGAAUGAGAAUAUUUUCUGCAAAAUUCCAUCAUAUUUAUGAAAAUUUAAUUAUUACUGGAGGUUGGGAUGAUACAUUGCGUAUAUGGGACAGAAGAGUUGACUCGGGUUCAAUAAAAGUUAUGAAAGGACCGCACAUAUGCGGCGACGCAAUCGACAUAAGAGACACAAAGAUUAUCACCGGGUCCUGGGUUGUAAGAGGAAGUCUUCAGCUCUGGGAUAUGACAACCGCGAAACUUAUAGAGACGAUCGUGCCAGAAAAUCGGCCGACUAGCCUAGAUGGAGAGUUUAUCUAUGCGGUUCAAUAUUUCGACGGGGAUCCUUAUGGGGAGCAUGUUCUUGCAGGAGGUUCUGGUACUGGGGCUCUUGAAGUUAUUAAUAUCAAAGAUAAAAAGGUUGUUGGAAAUUUUGAAGUCAGCAAAGCAAUAAUGACAAUAGACAGCAAUCGAAGCUCAAUAAUUUUUGGAGGCAUGGAAUCAGUUCUUCGAUUAGCGGAUUUUAGUUAA